AUGGACACGACGGCCUUCCGGGCCAUCCGUCUACUUCCCACGACCACGCGGCUAAUUUGCUCGGCCACCCCGACAUUGAACCGCUUGACAGAUAUCCGUGCAUUUACCACCCUCAUAUGGGAGGCAGGCUUACGGGAUCUUUUUAAGUGCCCGGCUAAGCAUGAUACUAUCCUCCAAGACAUCUUCCGGUCCUGGGGAUACCGAUGGUGGUACCUCCACCCCGAGGUGCAGGCGAGCAUCGUGGAUGCCGGUAAAGUCGCACUGUUGAAUACAGGCGAGGUCAUGCGAGAGACACAAGUCCUCAUCGUCAAUCGUGGCAUGACGACCGCGCUCACACUCCCCAAUGGCACUAUAUCAUAUCCCUCGGCCAAGAUACCGCCGAUGAAGGUUUGGUCCGUACAUUUGGGUCACAAAACCAACGCCACGCUUGGCGUAGCAUCAAGAUUUGCAGACUACGACAGUUUGCGAAAUGUGUCUGUUCGAUGCCAGGAUUGGGUUGAUGAUGGCUAUGAAAUCACAUUCAAAGCUUUGCUUUGUAUCUCGCCUCUCCCCACUAAUGCACCCAAUACGUGCGACCUUCUCUAG